CUCCCUCCCUCCCACCUCCGGCCUCCAGGUCUCCAACUGCCGGCCAGGCUUGGGCCUGAGUGACUUUGUCGCCUGCAGCUGCCAAUCCCAAAAAUAUUCUCUGAUGACACAGCUGGAGGACCAGAGCCCAGACUGGCUCCUCCAGGCUAAGUAUAGAGCAGGCGGGACCACCUGCCCUCGGCCCAGAGCCUCAACCCUAGGUCUACCCUCCCACGUUGGCCUAGCAGCUGCUAGGGUUGAAAAGAGCGCCAGAAAGUCUGAGGGGGUUGGUGCAUUCUGUCCUCCUGACAAAUGAUUUGAUGACUGGCCAACCUUAAGCACCUAGGCCACCUGUGGUACCUGAUGUAGACUCGUGUGUGCGUGUGUGUGCGUGUGUGUGUGUGUGUGUGUGUGUGUGUGUGUGUGCGUGCGUGCGUGUGUGUGUGUGUGUGUGUGUGUGUGUGUGUGUGUGGAGUGGGUUGAAUGCUUGCCUGAAUGGGUCAGGUCACUUGGGGUGAAUACCCAUCACAGCCCCUUCCCCCACAUUCUUGGCGGGAGUGGGAGAUAAGGCUCAGGGCCACAGACAUCUGCGUCAGAGAUAGGAGGUCUCAAUGCCAUGGGCAGGGGCGACUGGGACUGCGGGGCGUGGGAAGGACUGGGGGAGACUGGGGUGAGAAGGGUAAAAGAAGGCCAGCAGUGGGAUGGGGAGGGGACAGUGGGGAGGUCCUAGACAGAAAGGGCACAGGGCAGCGUGUGGGUUCCCUGUCAUCAGGGCAAGUGAACUAUGGUGAGCCAGCUGUCUCUGCUGCUCCUUUUGCUGUUGACCCUACGGGAUGUGGACAGCUGCCAGGGGCCCGAACUUGUCCGGGAGCUCGUCCUGGCCAAGGUGAAGGCUCUAUUCCUAGAUGCCUUGGGGCCCCCAGCAAUGGAUGGGGAAGGUGGGGGUCCUGGAAUAAGGCGUCUGCCUCGAAGACAUGCCCUCGGGGGCUUCAUGCACAGGACCUCUGAACCCGAGGAGGAAGAAGUCUCCCAGGCCAUCCUUUUCCCAGCUACAGGUGCCACCUGUGAGGACCAGCCAGCUGCCAGAGGGCUUGCCCAAGAGGCUGAGGAAGGCCUCUUCACUUAUGUAUUCCGGCCAUCCCAACACAUACGCAGCCACCAGGUGACUUCAGCCCAGCUGUGGUUCCACACAGGUCUAGACAGGAAGAGCAUGGCAGCCGCCAAUAGCUCUGCACCCCUGCUAGAUCUUCUGGUGCUAUCAUCUGGGGGGCCCAUGGCUGUGCCUGUGUCCUUGGGACAGGGCCCUCCGCGCUGGGCUGUACUGCACCUGGCGGCUUCUGCUUUCCCUCUGCUGACCCGCCCCAUCCUGGUGUUGCUGCUGAGAUGCCCACUCUGUUCCUGCUCCGGCCGGCCUGAGACCAGUCCUUUCCUGGUGGCCCACACUAAGGUUCGAGCACCCAGUACGGGGGAGAGGGCCCGGCGUUCAGCUCCCUCCAUGCCUUGGCCUUGGUCUCCUGCGGCUUUGCGUUUGCUGCAGAGGCCUCCCGAGGAACCCGCUGCGCAUGCCUUCUGCCAUCGAGCUGCCCUCAACAUCUCCUUCCAGGAGCUGGGCUGGGACCGCUGGAUCGUACACCCUCCCAGUUUCAUCUUCCACUACUGCCAUGGUAGCUGCGGGAUGCCCACAUCUGACCUGCCCCUGCCAGUCCCUGGGAUGCCCCCUACCCCGGCUCAGCCCCUGUUUUUGGUGCCAGGGGCCAAGCCCUGCUGUGCUGCUCUUCCGGGGAGCAUGAGGUCCCUGCGCGUCCGAACCACCUCAGAUGGAGGUUACUCUUUCAAGUAUGAGAUGGUACCCAACCUUAUUACGCAACACUGUGCUUGUAUCUAAAAGCACCUGACUCCUCCUCCCAUGGCCGAUGGCCACUGUCAGUUCACCACCCCAGGGUCCUCAGCUAGGAGGAAGAUGGAGUGUGGAAAGUAGACAGUUUCCACUUCCUUUUCCCCACAUCUUUCCAUAUGAGGGUUCCAUAUCCUGCUCCACCCAGGUCCUGUGGAUAACAAUAAAGAAGGAAGUGCGUGUGACUUUGUA